GGAAGGGGGGGGGAGGAAAUCGGAAACCAAGGACAACCCAAAAGGACUCACUUUGCCUGAUGACUCAACGCAACUAAUAAUCAUCUCCCUCUCAGAGUGUCUCUCUCUGUGGCGUGUCAGUGAGUCCGGCUCGGGCUGCUGCUGCUGCUGGCGGCGGCAGAGGAGGGAGAGACUGAAAGUGACAUAUCUGGGGCUGUUGCUCUAGUCUCUCCCUCUCUCGGUCUCCCCCCCCCCCCACACUUUUUUCCUUGAUUGUAGCACCCGCUGCAGCUGCUGCUGCUACUGCUUUUCCUCUCCAGAAUAGCAGCCCCUUUAGCAGCAGCAGCAGCGGCCGUCGCGGUCUCUCGAUUUACCCUGCCCUUUCUCUCGAUGCAUUGGUUUCUUUCCUGAAGGUGUGAAAAAGCCUGUUUCCCCCUCUUGCCUUCGUCUUUCUUCACCCUCCCCUUUUCCCUCCCCCAACCCCUCCGCCACGAGCUCUAUUGCCCCUUUGGUAGAGCCCUUCCUCCUUCUCCUCCUUCUCCCCUCCUCCUCCUCCCCCCAUCAUCAUCAUCACCAACAUCACCAUCACCACAAUCAUCUCACAAGAAGAAGACAUCCUGACCCAGGACCUUAAAACAUUAGGACUGGAGGAAGAGGAAAGGGCAAGGAAACAGAAAGGAAGAAAACAAGAACGUUAAAAAAGGAAACAAGAAACUUUCCACCCUGGAUUCUCUACUUUUGAUCCAUGGACAGAGCUCAGCUCAGCCAAGUUACAGACAGACUAUAAGCAGUCCUUGCUCAUUUUAUUGCGAUCUGCCUGUGGGAACUUUGUCUCCGAGUCAAAGUAGCAUGGAGCGGAGAAGCGAGAGUCCCUGUCUAAGGGACAGCCCAGAUAGAAGGAGCGGCAGCCCUGAUGUCAAAGGUCCUCCUCCCGUGAAGGUGGCCAGGCUCGAGCAGAAUGGCAGUCCCAUGGGAGCCAGAGGGAGGCCCAAUGGCUCCGUGACCAAGUCAGUGGGAGGUUUGAUGAUUCCUGUUUUUUGCGUGGUGGAGCAGUUGGACAGCUCUCUUGAAUAUGACAACAGAGAAGAACAUGCAGAGUUUGUACUGGUUCGAAAAGACGUGCUCUUCAGCCAGCUGGUGGAGACAGCACUCUUGGCCCUUGGGUAUUCCCACAGUUCUGCAGCUCAGGCACAAGGAAUAAUCAAACUAGGGAGGUGGAAUCCUCUCCCCCUCAGUUAUGUGACUGAUGCACCAGAUGCGACAGUAGCCGACAUGCUACAAGACGUCUAUCAUGUUGUGACAUUGAAAAUCCAAUUACAAAGUUGUUCAAAGUUGGAAGAUCUGCCAGCAGAGCAGUGGAACCAUGCCACAGUCCGCAAUGCCUUAAAGGAGCUGCUCAAAGAGAUGAAUCAGAGCACGUUAGCCAAAGAAUGCCCGCUCUCCCAGAGCAUGAUUUCAUCCAUUGUAAAUAGCACAUAUUAUGCCAAUGUGUCAGCAACCAAGUGCCAGGAGUUUGGGAGAUGGUAUAAAAAGUACAAGAAGAUUAAAGUGGAAAGAGUGGAAAGAGAAAACCUUUCAGACUAUUGUGUUCUGGGCCAACGUCCAAUGCAUUUACCAAAUAUGAACCAGCUGGCAACCUUGGGAAAAACUAACGAACAGUCUCCUCAUAGCCAAAUUCACCACAGUACUCCAAUCCGAAACCAAGUGCCCACAUUACAGCCCAUCAUGAGCCCUGGUCUUCUUUCUCCCCAACUCAGUCCACAAUUGGUAAGGCAACAAAUAGCAAUGGCUCACCUGAUAAACCAACAGAUAGCUGUCAGCCGACUAUUGGCUCACCAACACCCUCAAGCCAUCAACCAACAGUUCUUGAAUCAUCCCCCCAUCCCCAGAGCAGUGAAGCCAGAGCCAACAAACUCUUCAGUGGAAGUUUCUCCAGAUAUCUACCAGCAAGUCAGAGAUGAGCUGAAGAGAGCCAGUGUUUCCCAGGCUGUGUUUGCUAGAGUGGCAUUCAACCGUACACAGGGGUUGUUGUCUGAGAUUCUGCGUAAGGAAGAAGACCCUAGGACAGCCUCCCAAUCUCUGUUGGUAAACCUGAGGGCCAUGCAAAAUUUCCUCAAUCUGCCAGAAGUCGAGAGGGAUCGUAUCUAUCAGGAUGAGAGAGAAAGGAGCAUGAACCCCAAUGUGAGCAUGGUAUCUUCAGCCUCCAGCAGUCCAAGCUCCUCCAGAACCCCCCAGGCCAAAACCUCGACACCGACAACAGACCUCCCCAUUAAGGUGGAAGGCGCCAACGUCAACAUCACAGCUGCCAUUUAUGACGAGAUCCAACAGGAGAUGAAAAGGGCCAAGGUGUCUCAAGCCCUGUUUGCCAAAGUGGCUGCCAAUAAAAGUCAGGGCUGGCUGUGUGAGCUACUCCGCUGGAAGGAAAACCCAAGUCCAGAAAACCGCACCCUCUGGGAAAACCUGUGCACCAUCCGCCGCUUCCUGAACCUUCCCCAGCAUGAGAGAGACGUGAUCUAUGAGGAGGAGUCCAGGCAUCAUCACAGUGAGCGCAUGCAGCAUGUUGUCCAGCUCACUCCUGAGCCUGUGCAGGUUCUUCAUAGACAGCAGUCUCAGCCAGCUAAGGAAAGUUCCCCUCCUAGAGAAGAAGCCCCACCUCCACCUCCUCCUGCUGAGGACAGUUGUGCCAAAAAGCCCAGGUCUCGCACCAAGAUCUCCUUAGAGGCCCUGGGAAUCCUGCAAAGCUUUAUUCAUGAUGUGGGUCUCUACCCUGACCAGGAGGCUAUCCAUACCCUUUCUGCUCAGCUGGAUCUCCCCAAACACACCAUCAUCAAAUUCUUCCAGAACCAGCGGUACCAUGUGAAGCACCAUGGGAAAUUAAAAGAGCAUUUGGGCACUGGGGUUGACGUUGCUGAGUACAAGGAUGAAGAGCUGCUGACUGAAUCAGAGGAAAAUGAGAGUGAAGAAGGCUCGGAGGAAAUGUACAAAGUGGAAGCUGAGGAGGAAAAUGCUGACCAAAGCAAGCCAGCUCCCCCAGAAAUCGAACAGAGAUAAUGUGAAAUCACAACCUGGAAAGCAAGACAUUGGU